AUGCAGCAAGUGUGCCUCAGGUCGCCCUUGCAGCACAAUCCGUGCGUGGCGCGCCGCCCGCUAGCACCGGCGCGGCCGUCGCGUGCGCCCGUCACGCGGAGAACGGUCUCGCGGCGCGCGUGCGAGCGCGGCGGCGCGGCCUCGCCAGCGCGCGACAGCGCGGGGCCACGGGAGGGGCACGGCGGCGUGGCGAGCGGCGCGGAGGAGCUGUCGGCGCUGUGGGCGUGCGUUGCGUCGACGGGGUUCGCGCUCGCAGUCCUCGCGAUGUUCCCCGAGGCGGUCAAGGCCGGCGCGGACGACGGCGGCAUCAUGCAGGCUGCCGGAGUUGCCACGCAGCACUUUGCUGACCUCGCUGAGAACGAGGAUUUCUGGGGAAACGUCGUGCGGUACAUGCGCUACUUCGUCUCGGUCAUGCUCGGCACAGGGUACAUCUUCGUGAAGCCGCUGGCGAACAUGAUGAAGAAGCCCACGACGGCGAUCUUCGUCAUUGGGUUUGCAGUGUUUACAAUUGUGUUCGUGAACUUCACGGUCCAGUCGAUGCUCGGGCUCAACGACGUGCAGUUCUCAGAGGCAGGCAGCCUCCUGCCGAACCGCGUGUGA